AUGGGCGACGGCUCUACAUCAUCAGCGCGCUUCCCUCCUACCGCCGAGUCAGCCACAGCGGCAGAUCCCGACACCUGUCGAAUAUGCAGGGGCGAGGGCACAGGGGAGGAGCCCCUGUUCUUCCCAUGCAAGUGCAGCGGAAGCAUCAAGUAUGUGCACCAGGACUGCUUGAUGGAGUGGCUGUCACACUCGCAGAAGAAACACUGCGAGCUCUGCAAGACGCCCUUCCGCUUCACCAAGCUAUAUGCCCCCGACAUGCCGACAGCCCUGCCCAUCCAUAUCUUCAUCAGCCACCUGGCCAAGUUCCUCCUUCGAAACCUUCUGGUCUGGCUCCGGGUUGCCUUGGUAGCGAGUGUCUGGUUGGGAUGGCUGCCAUAUGUGAUGCGCGCCGUCUGGUCUUUUCUCUUCUGGAUAAGUGACGAGGGUCUGGUCGGCGGGGGCUCACUGUUCGGGAGGCAGAAUGGUGUGGCCGCCGAAGGAAGCAAUGUCGGCGUGCUGGCAGAAAUGGGGACAACGGUCUGCCCUUCGAGCCCUCUCUUUGCAGCCACGACAACCGUCGCGACCAUCGGCGGAGUCAUCGAUCAACUCCCCUUAGAUUCAGUGCCGCAACUUGUUAAGAACCUGUACGGCAUGAACCUUACCUUGGCCGACCCCCUCGCCUCGACCAUCAUCCGGCUCCUUUUUGGCAGCGCCACCUUGACCGAGAAGCUCUCGCUGGCCAACUCGACUUUGGCUGUCCGCAACGCGAUCGCCUCGUCCUCGCCAAGUCAUGCCUCUUUGCUGAGCGAGGUUGGCUUCCUGCGAAACCUGACGCGCGUCCCCGCCAUUAACCAGGCCGUCAUUGCGAUGCUCGAGGGUCAGAUCAUAACUGUCCUUGUCAUCGUCUGUUUCAUCCUCAUCAUCCUCGUCAGAGACUACGUGGUACAGCAGCAACCCGAGAUAAACAUGCGGGCCGCCUUCGCUGCUCCAAAUCCGCCGCCGCCGCCGCAGGAAGAAGUGGAGGUUGACUUGGAAGAGGUCGAGGAAUUAGGUGGUCCCCAUGUUUCGGACGACGAAGACGGUGAUGCUGAGAAUGAGCCUCUCGUAGUGGACGGGGAAGAUGGAAUCCGUGGCCACCUGGGAGCAGCACAUCGAGAUUCGAGCUCCCGAGCGUCUCGCUCCCAAACAGCAGAGGGCGACACACUUGAUUCCGGGCUGGGACUUAAUUCUGGGUUGGGCCCUACUCCCAGCUCUCAGCCGAAUCAACUGCACGUGCCGAAUCCCAAUGGCUCCGGCAUCGGCGAGGCCGAUGGUACGGCGCUGCAUGACUACCUACGGCUGUACCGGUUAGCGGGAGGUGAUCCCGAGAAGAUCCUCGCCCUGGCUAGGGAGCAGGACUUGGAAGACAAGCUAGACUAUUGGAUCAGACUGACCAGGGCAGUUAUAGACCGCAACAGGGUGUCUGACUGGGACGGAACCGGCGCUGCAGAAUCCUCAACAUCAGCAUCUGCAUCUGCAUCUGCAUCAGCAUUGGCAUCCGCUGACACCACGACCACGGGAGCGCGGUAUGAUGCCACGGAAGGUAAAGGGAAGCAGAAGGCCGAAGAAGACGACGGAGAGGAUCCUACGGUAAUUCUGGGAAACCCUCUGAGGCCACGGGCAAACACGGAUGGACCAAAGGCCAACGACACUCUCAAUCCGCUGGCCAACAACAGCUGGUCGUUCUCAGACUUGCCACCGCCCGAGCCUUCUGCUACCUCGACAACUUCCACCCCGGCGUCUGUUGAAGCCCCUCUGCUUCAACCGCACUCGUCUGUAGAGUCGGGACCUGUCGGACCAGAAGCCGAAUUCGGAUUUCCAAGCGCACCAUCCAGCACCCUGGCAGAAGCCGGAAGCACGAGGGAGGAGAUUCGCCUUUCGAGCCCCCCGCCAGCAGCCGAUGCUCAGGUCGAACCCGGACAACCGGCCACUCAGCCCGACUUGCCGGACUUUGACUUCAACACCCAACCACGCCCAAAUGAUGGUGGACGCGGAGCACGGCGCCAACCUGCCAACUUCGUCGAUCGGAUUGCCGAUUUCAUGUGGCGCGAUGUGGAACGCAUCGACCCCGCCGAGCUGGUUGUCGUGGAUGACGACGACGACGACGAGGACGACAUGGAUGAUCUUGGCGACGGCGAAGAUGGCGUGUUUGCCGAUGCCGUGCGGGUUGGCGAUAUGGGCCAAGACGCGGAGCGAGAUCGAGAGGUCGUCGAGGCCGCAGUAGCAGCCGGCCUCGAUCCCGACGCCAUCGAGGACGCCGAAGACUUCGAGGGGAUUAUGGAGCUCCUCGGCAUGCGAGGACCGAUCGCCGGCCUCUUCCAGAACGCCAUAUUCUGCGCAUUCCUGGUGUCGGUCACCAUUCUCGUGGGCAUAUUCCUGCCGUACAAUGUCGGCAGGGUCACGGUCUGGGCUGUUGCCAAUCCGAUGCGGCCGGCAAGGAUCCUGUUUAGCCUGUCAAAGUUUGUGCAGGAUCUCGCCUUGAUCGUCCUGGGCUCGGUCUCGGGGUCCAUCUCGUAUUGUGUUUACGCCGUCACCGAUUCCGAGGUGGCCUCGCGUGUCGCAAACACGACCCUCGCCGGGUCCUGGAACAUGUCCACUAACGCUGCCGAGAGGAUCAGAGACAGCUUCAUGGCUGAGAUACCCAUCCUCGCCAGCGGCGAAGUGCGCAACUUCUCGGCCAUCAGCCACGAGUCCCUUCUCGUCGUGAAGGGCCAUGUCGCCUCGUCGUUCUCCGCCCUGGGCCACGUCGUCGCCUUUCUCUUCUCGGGUGAUUACUGGUCGAGGGGCGCAGAAGCCGUGUCUUUGGCCGCCAACGUUACCGGCGCUGUCUGGGGCGGCCUCAAAGUAGUCCCGAUCGUCCUUUCACAUCCCGAAUCCUGGGUCAUCAACCUGAAUCUGCCCGAACCGUCCGGCCCCGUCGACCUCGAACUGGCUUAUUGGGGCGGCAUGGACCGGUUCUGGGCCAUCCUCAGCGGCUACCUUGCCCUGUCGCUCAUCGCCGCCCUAUAUCUGCGGCGGGACACACCCUUCUCGUCCGGACAGACUGGACAGGAGUGGGAGGCGUCCAUCAUCGACGGGCUCAACCAGGCGAGCGGGGUGAUGAAGGUCAUCCUCAUCAUCGGCAUCGAGAUGCUCGCCUUUCCGCUCUACUGUGGCCUGCUGCUCGACCUCGCCUUGCUGCCCCUCUUUGAAGACACGACGAUCAAGUCGAGGCUCCUCUUUACGUUGAACUAUCCCCUGACAUCCAUCUUCGUUCACUGGUUCGUCGGCACCGGAUACAUGUUCCACUUCGCCCUGUUCGUGUCCAUGUGCAGGAAGAUCCUGCGCAAGGGCGUGCUCUACUUCAUCCGGGAUCCCGACGACCCGGAAUUCCAUCCCGUCCGCGACGUGCUCGAGCGCAACGUCACCACGCAGCUCCGCAAGAUUCUCUUCUCGGCCUUCGUCUACGGGGCGCUGGUCAUCGUCUGCCUCGGCGGCGUGGUAUGGGGCCUGUCCUUCUCGCUCCCCAACGUGCUACCCAUCCACUACUCGUCCAACGAGCCGGUGCUGGAGUUCCCCAUCGACCUGCUCUUCUACAACUUCCUCAUGCCCCUCGCCGUCAAGUUCUUCAAGCCAAGCGAUGGUCUCCACGCCAUGUAUACCUGGUGGCUCCGCAAAUGCGCCCGUGUGCUGCGGCUCACCUGGUUCCUGUUCGGGGAGAGGCGGAUCGACGAAGAGGGCACCCUGGCACUCGAAGUAGAUGCGCCGGGCCGCGAACGCCCGUGGUGGAGGAAGCUCCUCCUCGAGCUGGAUGAUGACAAGGGAGUGGUCGUGCCGAAGACUUGGAAGCGCACGUUUGAGGGCGGCAAGGAGCCGCCGGCAGCAUCCCUCUCUGAGGACAGGAUGUAUUCGCUAAACCUGAGGAAGGCCAGUCUCACCGGCACCGAGGAGCUAAUGCCCGAUGGGCGAUUUGUCCGCGCUCCCGCAUCCGACCAGGUGAAGAUACCCAAGGGCAAGAGCGUGUUCCUCGAAGUCACGGAGGAAAACGAGAGGAAAGACGGGAAGCCGGACCAAGCCGAAACGGACCUCUACUCGACCGGCCAAUACCAAUUCGUCUACAUCCCACCUUUCUUCCGCCUUCGCAUCUUCCUCUUCAUCAUGCUCAUAUGGAUCUUCGCUGCCGUGACCGGCGUCGGCAUCACCAUCGUCCCGCUGGUCUUUGGCCGACGAAUGUUCAAGCUGCUCAUCCCGGCGCACAUCCGCACCAACGACAUCUACGCCUUCAGCAUCGGCAUCUACAUCCUCGGCUCGGCGGCGUAUGCCGUGUUCCACGCGCGCUCCAUCUUCGAGAAGGCCCGGUCGCGGGUAGCGGCAGGCGCGCGCUCGAUAUCUAGCCGAGAGGGCGUCCGCCGGGCAGCCCACGUCGCCCUGCGAGCCGUGAAGCUGAUCUACGCCUACUUCUUCCUGCUCGUGGUCUUCCCGAUGCUCGCCAUCUCCCUCCUGGAACUCUACCUCCUCAUCCCGCUGCAUACCUACAUGUACAGCGGCGUCCUGUCCGCGACCACGCCCGCGCUGCAACAGGCAAUCUCGGGCGACUCGUCCACCGCCGCCGCCCUGACGGCGGAGCAGCUCAGUCCGAGCCACACCGUGUGCGUCAUCCAGGCCUGGACCAUCGGCAUGCUCUACCUCAAGCUGGGCGUUCGGGCCGUCACGGGCUGGUACCCGGACACGCGCCUCGCCGCGGCCGUGCGCGCCGUCCUGCGCCGCGGCUGGCUCGACCCGGACCUGUCGGUCCUGACGCGCGCCUUCGUCGUCCCGGGCCUGGCCCUGUGGUCCGCCGCCGUGGCGGGGCCCCUGGCGGCGGCGAGCCUGCUCGCGGCGCGGGGCCUGCCGGAGAAUAUCCUCGCGAGGUCGGCUUGGGAACAGCAGCAACAGCAACAGCAACAGCAGCCCCGGCUCGCCGAGGCGGCAGCCCUCGUGCUGGUGUACCGGUUCAGCUUCCCCGCGGCGGCGCUGGUCGCGGCGGCAGGAGCGGCGCUGUGGGGCCUCGUCAGCGUGUUCCGCGGGUGGGGGGCCCGCACCCGCGACGAGGCCUACCUCAUUGGCGAGAGGCUGCAUAACCUCGGCGCUGCUGCGAACGGGCCUACCGGAGGGGCCAGGGGGGCUUGGAGGGCUGGCGGGGCGAGGUUGUGA